AGCUAAUGGCGUUCUUACGCUGGUAGUGGCAGCAGGCAGCGUAGCUGUGAGCUCCACCAAGUGCUGGGGUCAGGAUGAGACGCGGGCUGUGAUUGGCAGAUAGUCGUCAGAUGACUUUCCAUUCGCCCCUGCUGUUUAGGUUGGUUCUGUUAGUUGCUCGUGCUGCUGCUGGAGGCAGGAUGGCCAUGAGCUUAUCCGGGCUCAAGGUAUGUCCGGGGACAUCUUGGGCUGUGAGGAGAGUCCUCCGACUGGCUGCACCUCGAUGUGUACGGAGCAGUGUGUCCUUAGGCUAUAGAUUUAUGAGUGUAACCACGGAUCCUCCUCUCACUGCGGACCGGUAUGGAGUGUCCCGUCUGCCUUUUUCAGAGGUCACAGCUCAAGAUCUUAACCACUUUCAGCAAAUAAUCCCUGGUAGAGUUGUUACUGAUGAAAGUUACUUGAAAUCUCAUAAUAUUGAUUGGCUACGAACAGUGCGAGGUCAUAGUAAAGUACUUCUAAAGCCUAGAAAUACCGAAGAGGUGUCCCAGAUCCUGAAGUAUUGCAAUGAAAGAAGCCUGGCUGUAACUCCUCAGGGAGGAAAUACUGGCCUAGUUGGGGGCAGUGUCCCUGUUUUUGAUGAGAUCCUUAUCUCAAGUGUACUUAUGAACCAGGUGAUCAGUUUUAAUGAUGUUUCAGGUGCCUUGGUGUGCCAGGCAGGCUGUAUUCUGGAGUCAUUGAACCGAUACCUGGGAGAACGGGGCUACACAAUGCCACUAGAUCUUGGGGCAAAGGGAAGCUGCCAUAUUGGAGGCAACCUGGCUACAAAUGCUGGUGGACUGAGACUUCUCCGGUACGGAUCCCUACGAGGGACAGUCUUGGGACUGGAAGCAGUGCUACCUGAUGGGUCUAUUCUGAACUGCCUCAACUCUCUGCGCAAAGAUAACACAGGUUAUGAUCUGAAGCAGUUGUUCAUUGGCUCUGAAGGAACUUUAGGCAUUAUAACUGCCAUAUCCAUUCUGUGCCCUCGCAAACCGAGUGCUGUCAAUGUGGCUCUGCUGGGUUGUGAGAACUUCAGCAGGGUCCUCCAGGUGUUCACCUUGUGCAGAGAUCAGCUUGGAGAGAUUCUAUCGGCCUGCGAGUUCCUGGACUCUGAGGCUAUGAGGAUGGUGCAGACACAUCUGAAACUCAGCAACCCUCUGCCAGACAAUGCAUUCUACGUAUUGGUAGAAACAUCAGGAUCCUGUGCAGUACAUGAUGAAGAGAAACUGAAUGUGUUUUUGGAGAACGCUCUGGACUCAGGGUUUGUGACAUCAGGAACAGUGGCUACAGAUGAAAGUAAAAUAAUGUCCCUCUGGGCCCUCAGGGAGCGUAUUACAGAGGCCCUAGCACAUGAUGGUUAUGUAUACAAAUAUGACUUAUCAGUGCCUGUGGAGAAGCUGUAUACCCUGGUUGAAGAAACACGGACUCGUUUAUCGACCUCUGCUCAAUGUGUGGUUGGAUAUGGACAUUUAGGUGAUGGCAACCUGCAUUUAAAUAUCACGGCAAAAUCGCACAGUGACACCUUACAGGCAGCCCUGGAGCCCUUUGUGUAUGAAUGGACGGCUCAGCACUGCGGCAGUAUCAGUGCUGAACAUGGAUUAGGGUUCAAGAAGAGGGACCACAUUUAUUACAGCAAAUCCAGAGAAGCAGUGCACCUCAUGCAGCAGCUUAAACACUUGCUGGAUCCAAAAGGCAUCAUGAACCCAUACAAGACUAUUCCUCCAGCUGAUUGAUUAGUCUCAUCCCUUUCUGUAAAACUACCAACAUUUUCAUCAAUACUGAAGAGCCAGGAAAUAUGGCCCGUUGUCUUAGAUCCUAUUACUAUUGCUCUUUAUUGUCUUUUACAGAUGUACAGUAAAAAUGGGAUCUUUUACAUAAAAUAUGCAGACUAAAAUGAUAAAUAGAAAUUUA